AUGGGCAUUGGGACACAAAGUUCCCUGGUGGGGAGGGAGAGCCCCUGGAAUACCCUUAUGCUGAGAGGCUGCUACCUGAGCAGAAAGCAGGCUAAUGACCAGAUAGAAAGAGGCUCACCUGCUGGUAAGAAGGCGACCAAGCUUGGCCAGCCCUCCGCAGGCAGGGCCAACCGGGCGCGCUCCCUUUGUUACCAGCCCCUCCGUACAGAUGGUGCCCUGCCCGGGUCUCUGAUGUGCACGCUGGCUGCGGGCAGCACAAAGCCGAGGGAGAAAGCGAACGAGCGAGCGCACGGGUGGGCAGGCAGACCGAGGCGGCAGCCGCGGCCCCGUCAGCACCAGCGCCAGCCUGGGCAUAAGGACCGGGGGCCGGCAGCACCAGCAGCAUACGACAGUCACAUCCCCGCCACCGCGGGCACCCCAUCCAAGGAGCCUGCGGCUAGACUUGGCCGUCACCUAACUGGGGGAAGGAAGCAGCUGUGUCCGCGGAGCCCCACCCCCUCCAGCCCUGCACUUCCCCCCCCAAGACAGCCAGUUCUGGCUCCCCAGCCCUGUCCCCUCGGCUCCAGGAGUCCCUGUGCAGCAGCUGUUGAAUGUGUCGCUGCUCCCCGGAGCCCUGCCAUCCCCCGGGCUCCCUGCCUCUGGUGCCGGGGUCGGGUGCGCGCUGUUGCUGCGGACUGGGUGGCUCAGCUCAGUCCAGCCUCCGUCAGUCCUCCCCCGCCACUCUCCAAACCCCCCCCCCAUCCCUCCACGCACACCCGGCGCCGGGUCGGGCCGGGCUCCUCUGCGCCGGGCCUCUCUGGGCACGUCUCCAGACUUUGAUUUGGCUGAACCAAUUCACGCUGUGGACCUUUGUGCCCAGGCCUGGAAUUGAGAGGUGCUGUU